UUCAGCGCCCUCUUGUUAACGAAACGCAGUUAAGAGUUACGAUGCAUUCACUCGCAUAAUUUCGCAGAGCGCGUAUCCGGAGUGACUAUAGUGGACUGUGUGCCGGGAUAGUACCUACAAAUCAACUUGCAUUCGGAUUUUACAGAAAAUAAAGGGGUGUGCUGAUUACAUAGAACGCAUGAGGUGUACAUUCCAAGCACUCGAAUUUUGUACGAAGAUACGGUCAACGAAACACACGAAUAAAGUAACUAGAAGCAGUAUUUUCGGAGAUGGCGUACGAAGUUGUUAGUAUCGAACAUCUAAAAUUAAACAAAUAUAUCGUUAAUUCAAUAAGGGACUCUGACACCGAAUAUCAAACUGAAAGUGACAGUGACACAGACACUAGCGACACCGAUGUGGAUGACACCGAUAUCCCUGAUACCAGCUUGGAUAAAUUUCAAAAUAAGAAUAGCCCGAAGUAUUACAAGUGCUUAACACCGCCGCAAAAAAAAGCGUUUCGACAAAUAUGUAAUCUGUUCGCGAAGAAAAAUAAUCAAGUCGUUACGAUCAAUGCCCGAAGUGGAACCGGGAAAACGUUUCUUUUAACUUCUUUGGCUAAGCAUUACGCGAACACUGUACAGUUUCUCACCUUCAGACGAGAUCAAGCGAGCGAAAUGAAAUUCAAAUUGAAUAAUUACGCUACAACGUACACUUACAUAUCAUUUUACGUAAACUGUUUACAUUUGCAUUAUUAUCGUGCUGUUCAGCUAUUUAACGUGGCUGAAGUGGACGAUACCGAUUUGCUUUAUAAAUUAAUACUAAAUUCGAAAAAGUACCUGCACACCGGUACAAAAGUCAUCAUCGUAGAUUCAUGCACUUUGCCGUCGGCGACUAUGCUCCUGAUGUUGUACAUAAUAUCGCUGAAGCAUCAGAUGCACUUAAUCUUUGCCGGGAACAAACUUCAACUGAGCGCAAUACACAAAUCGUCGGUCCAUAGCAGAUGUAACUUUGAGAUCAUCAGACAGCUUACCAACAUGACGAUCAGAAAAUUAUCCGACAAACGAUUGUUCGACAAAGUGCUGACAAAUAAAAUAUCCGAAUUUCGAAGGAUGAUUCAACAUGGCAGACAGAAAAAUGAGGUUCCAUUUCUGUUCAAUCUUCGUUACUAUCUAUAUUGUUCUUUUCGAGUCAAGUAUUUCACUGAAGAACGCUUCGACGUCAUCUACAUGGCACAAUUUCAUCAGAACAUCACAGACAGAGUGAAUCGUUUCAUUCAACACUUGGAGGUAUCGAGAGUAAGGUACUUUAUUGCGCCGUACUGUACGAAACGAGAAGCUUUUUUUGAACCAAUAAGUACUAAACAAAAAGGUAAAUUCUAUCCUGGACUGGUACUCGUAGAGGGAUACAAGUAUAUACAUAUCAACCAGUAUGGAGUUCACAGUGUUGUUCUGUUAGAAAAAAUUCUAUCAGCGGAUAACGUCAAUGUCUUCGGUUUGGAUGUUUGUUUCUUGGAAACUAAUCAAAGGGUUAGAUUGCUUCGUAUCGAGUUAAAUUACUAUCAAAUUUUACCUGCUUUACGUAGCUGGUUGGUUGAUGAGAAGAAACAGGAAGUGAAACUGUAUCAAUUCCCUCUGCGUCCGUAUACGUUGACUUACCACGCGGCACUGGGAAAAACAAUCGAUAACGAUAAGGUAGAACUUAGUGCCGAUUGUUCUUUCGCAAACGCCAUUUACGUUGGUCUUUGUUGUGUACGUAAUUACGACGAUAUCAGUAAGAUUCACGCUAUUAAUGAUUUGCCGAGUUUUGUGCUUACCGAUUACAUGAGGAAAGAAAAAGGCGAGGAAAAGUACUAUUAUCGUUGCCCAUCACAGAUUAAUAAUUUUGAGGAGGAAUUAAAACAGAUUAUGCAAUAUGUCUGUGAGAGAAGAACCAAUGCUUUUAUUGAAAGUAUCAAUUGGAGAACUGUGGAGAACAUACAAGAAUUUGAAAAGAAAAGUUUGAAGUAUUACGCUCGUAUUCCAUGUUCUUUGUAUGAAAAACCAAAAAAGAAAUUGGAACAGAAAGGUGAUACGCGUUUAAUGAAGAUCGUAGAUUUUGUUAAAAAUAAUCCAAACGUGAUACUAGAUACUAUAGCAAAUGCACCUGUUGGAGAUCUCACUAAGUAUAAUAAUAAAAAGACUCAGAGUAUGGAAUUAAAAAAGUCGGGUGUGUAUGUUUCUUUGAAAGAGAAGUAUACAAAUUGGAGUGCAAGAGAAGAGUAACUAAUAUCAAUUUAUAACUAUGUUCCAAAGAGUUUUUUGAAUUAUAUUUAUUGUAUAGAAUGUUCCAAAGUUAAAAGAUCAAACUUUGUCAUUAUAAUUAAUUUUACCUCAGUAACCACUUAAGCUAAAGUUCAAAAGGUUGUUUUUUAUUGCAGUAAACUGAUACAGCAGAGAUUUCUUUCAAUUUUGAUUAAUUUGAAUCUGAGUUAGGAUAGUCUAUUUUGUUUCUGAACUUACAUCAGAGACUUCUGAAUUCUGAUGAAUAUUAU